AUACUUCUCUUCACUCCAGAACAGAACGUUUCUACCUGGAGUUUCAUUUUUAAAUAUGAAACUCCGCUCCUGGCCAGGGGCCCUUCAUGGUUUGGCCCUCCUGGCAUUCCUGUGUCAUUGUGCAACAGCUGUGGAGAGACAUUACUAUAUUGCAGCUGUUAAUAUUAACUGGGACUACACAUCUGGACAGCAAAGAACCGGACAAUCAUAUAAAAAAGUAGUAUACAGGGAAUAUAAUGAGGGAUUCAAACAGCCAAAAGCUCAUCCCUUGUCCUCAGGGUUACUUGGGCCUACAUUGCGUGGACAAGAGGGUGACACAAUCAUCGUCACGUUCAGGAACAUGGCAGAUCAUCCUUGCAGCCUCCACCCCCAUGGCAUUGCUUACGGGAAGCAGUCAGAGGGGUCUUUAUACUUUGACAACACGUCACUCCUUGAGAAAAAUGAUGAUGUAAUUCAACCUGGUGAAGAGCACACUUACCAGUGGGACGUGACGUCUGAUGUGACCCCUACAGCUGCAGACCCACCAUGCAUCACCUACACAUACUUGUCUCACUUUGACAUUGUCCGAGACUACAAUACAGGGUUAAUAGGCCCAAUGCUGAUCUGCAAGAAAGGCACCCUAGACGACUCAGGAAAUCAGAUUCAUUUCCAUCAAGAGUCUGUGCUGCUGUUUGGAGUAUUUGAUGAGAACAAGAGCUGGUACAGCACUGGGGACUCUCCACAGCCUCUGAAUGUCAAAUACACAAUAAACGGCUACACAAAUGGCUCAGUACCAGAUCUGGACAUCUGUGCCCACUCUAAAGUCAGCUGGCACCUGCUGGGAAUGAGCUCAGAGCCAGAGCUUUUCUCUGUACACUUCAAUGGGCAAGUCCUUCUGCACGAUGGGCACAAAACUUCAGCUGUUGGCAUUAUUAGUGGAACUGCCACCAGUGCCAGUAUGACCGGUGUCCACCCUGGCCGCUGGCUCGUUUCCUCGCACAUUAGCAAGCACUUGGAAGCUGGUUUGCACGGGUACCUAAAUAUCAGGAAGUGUGAUGAGUAUACGGCGCCAAAAAGACGGCUUACCAUUGAACAGAAAAAAGAGAGUCAAGAGUGGACUUACUAUAUGGCAGCAGAAGAGGUCAUCUGGGAUUAUGCGCCAAAUAUGCCAGAAAACAUGGACGGGGAUUUCCGGUCAAAAUAUUUAAAGCAGGGGCCUCAGCGGAUAGGUAAAAAAUAUAAAAAAGCUGUGUUUACUCAGUAUAAAGAUGGCAUGUUUAAAGAGAGAGCGGAAGAUAAGCAGAGGAAGAGAGAGCUUGGAAUUCUUGGCCCAGUGAUUAGAGCUCAAAUCAGAGACAUCAUUAAGAUUGUCUUUAAAAACAAAGCAUCACGUCCCUAUAGUAUCUAUCCCCAUGGACUGACCAUAGAUAAAGCAGCAGAAGGAGCCAGUUACCCUCAGGGAGGGAACCAAACAUACAGCGUUCAGCCAGGAGAGACGUACACAUAUACAUGGAGUGUGACUGAGGAAGACGUACCAACGGACAGUGACCCCAGAUGUCUAACCAGGAUGUACCACAGUGCAGUGGACGCUCCUCGAGACAUUGCUUCAGGUCUUGUUGGCCCUCUGCUCAUCUGUAAGAGCCAGUCUCUUAACAAAAAGAAUGUCCAGCUAAAAGCUGACAAGGAGCAGCAUGCCAUGUUUACCGUUUUUGAUGAGAACAAGAGCUGGUACCAAGAUGAGAACAUUAACACAUACUGCAGUGAUCCCAAAAAAGUGAAGAAAGACGAUCCCGAGUUUUACAAGUCAAAUGUCAUGCACACAAUCAAUGGUUAUGUAUAUGAAAGCGGCCAAGAAUUGGGAUUUUGUCAUGGUGAAAUUGUGACUUGGCAUGUGUCGAGUGUUGGGGAACAGGAUUACAUCCAGACUGCUACUUUCUAUGGUCAUACAUUUGAGCUAAAAAACAGAGAAGAGGAUAUACUCAGUCUAUUUCCUAUGACUGGUGAAACUAUCACGAUGAACAUGGUUAAUAUAGGUAUUUGGCUUUUGGCAUCAUUGAACUCGCAUGAUUCCACUAAAGGGAUGAGGGUGAAAUUCAAAGACCUCGAAUGCUUCAGAGAUUAUGUAAUAGAAUAUGAUUAUGAGGACGGGAAAUUCACUGCAUGGAAACCACCGACUAUUAAUGAAAUCAAAAAAGAGGAACCGGUCCGUGCAAGACCUGACGUGGUCGACGAGUACUCUGAUUUAUUUGCUGAAACCCUCAACUUAAGGACGUUCAACAAUGUUAAAGAUGAAGUUGAGAUAAUCGACUUGACAUUUCUAGAUCAAGAUGAUGGUUUGUUGCCCAUUGUUGAAGAAAAAAGCCUGGGAUCAAGCAACGAGAACUUACACAAUGCUACUUUACAAUCUUUCAUUGAGACUCAUGGUUUAUUAAUGGAGGAAGGUGAUUUAGACAAGGGAGAAUCUUCUAAUAAAGUCUUGAAUGACAGCACAGACAAGGCAUUGCUAGAGACAACAACUACUUUUGAUUCCAAUAGAGUUGUCGCAUUAAACAACGAAACGGACAGUAUAAUUUUAGAUUUUCCAAUUGUAGAAAGAAAGGUUCGUAGUGCACCAUCAAAGCCAAUGAACGAACCUGAAAGUGUCACUAUGAACUUUAAAACAACAGAACAUAUCAAUUCAUCAUUAGAGAGAAUCAAUGCUAUAUAUUCCCCAAUAACUGAAACAAACAUCAACACAAUGACUGAGACACACACUGAUUUCAGUAUCACUCCAUUUGAUGGUUCAACUGGAGAAAUGAACUUCACACUAGAGGAUGACACCGCACUUCUAAAUUCAUCUGAAUCAGAGCCCCUGCAAUCAAACCAAAACUCCGAAAACAGAAUAGCUUUUCAAGAAGAGCUAAAUGCAAAAGAUGGCACAGAUGUUGACAGUAAUAAUUCUGUGAAAAAUCAGAUCUUCAAAUACAACGUGCCUAGUGGUGACACUCUGUCCAACAGCUCAAAGAUACAAGUUGAGGAGGAUUUUGUGCUUCUGGACAGUAGUUAUUUUUCAGAAAUGUCAACAACUAUGGAAUAUGAUGUUUCACAAAAGGACACUGUAAAAGGUGAAUCAAAAGAGACUGCACAAAGUCAAGAACUCAGCAGCACAAAGAAAACUUACUCUGGUGAAAUAAUUUUGGAGAGUCUUCCUGACAUAACAAGUGCUUUUAAUCUGAAUUCAUCUUCAGUUUUGAGAAACAACAGUUUGGAGAGCAAUGAGUCCUCAAAUGAAACUUUGUUCAUGUCUUCAAAUGCUACCUUCUCUGAUUCAACAAAUGCAACCUCGUCUGAUUCCUCAACAGCAACCUUCGCUGAUUUCUCAAACACAACCUUCUCAAACGCAACCUUCUCUGAUUUCUCAAAUAGGAUUUCUCAAAUGUCUGAUUCCUCAAAUGCAACCUUGUCUGAUUCCUCAAAUGCAACCUUGUCUGAUUCCUCAAAUGCAACAUUGUCUGAUUCCUCAAAUGCAACAUUGUCUGAUUCCUCAAAUGCAACAUUGUCUAAUUCCUCAAAUGCAACCUUCUCUGAUUCCUCAAACAAAACCUUCUCUGAUUCCUCAAAUGCAACCUUGUUUGGUGUUUCAUAUUCCUCAAACACAACCUUGUCUGACUUCAGUCUUGAAUCUGAAAUGACAGAGUAUAUACUGUCAUCUGCUAAUGAUACAAUAAAAUCUCACAGUGAAGUUGUAAGCAACACUUCACAGCUUUCCUCUUCAGAAAGCACAGAGAAUAUAUCGUUGUUGUAUGGCUCUCUCAAUGCUUCAUCCAUGAAGAACGACUCAGAAAGUGAAAGCGAAGAAGAAGUGGUUAUCUACCUAAAUAAAAAUCACAGUGAGGCAAUCCUCACAUCUCAUCUCGACCAAAAAGAAGAGCACUGGGGUUAUGAAAGCAAACACGAGCUGGUUCAUAAGGAACUCCCAGAUCACAUGAACAAAUAUGUCAAAGAUAAGUCUGCAGCAAACUCGAACAAGCCAAAGAUCGAAAAGGAAAAGAAAAAAGUUUACCAAAGAGUAAAGCCAAAAAAGGGGUACGGGAUGAAGACGAAGAAAAGUAAAGACUACAAACCGCAGCCGCGUUCGUCAUUUUCUCCAAGAGGUUUUGGACCAUCUGUGUUAACUCCAAGGGGAAGCAGACCUGUCUCUAGCGAGGAUGAACUGACGGAGAAACCUAUUGUCAUAGGAGUGCCAAGACGGGAUUUCAAUGAUUAUGAGUUAUAUAUUCCAAAACAAGACCAGGAAGCAGAUUUUGAUGGCUUGCUUGAUCACCCAGAAGAAUAUGAAUAUGUAGAGUAUAAAGACCCUUACAGCAAAACAGCAGAUGUUCAAGCUCUUGACGCAACAUCCCAGCAUCUCUUAAAAAUGGCUGGAGACAAGAAUACCAGGACCUAUUUCAUCUCGGUUGAAGAAGAAGAAUGGGAUUAUGCUGGCUAUGGGCAGAGGCGACUUGAUAAAACAGCUCAAAAUGAGAGGCCCACGGUUUUCAGAAAAGUGGUGUUCCGAAGGUACCUGGACAGCACCUUUAGCAUCCGAGACAUCCGAGGAGAAAUGGACGAACACCUGGGAAUUCUUGGUCCGCUCAUUAAAGCGGAAGUUGAUCAGACCGUUAUGGUAUUUUUCAGGAACCGUGCAAGUCGUCCAUACUCUUUGCAUGCAAAUGGAGUAAAAUACUUAAAACAAAUGGAAGGCCUGAGUUAUGAUGAUGAAUCUCCAUACUGGUACAAACAGGACGAUGCUGUUCCACCCAAUGGCACCUUUACCUACAUGUGGACCAUAAAUCCCAAAUCUGGACCUCAAAAUAAUGAAUCUGACUGCCGAACUUGGACCUACUACUCUGCAGUGAAUCCUGAGAGAGAUAUAAACUCAGGGUUGAUUGGGCCACUUCUGGUGUGCAGGAAGGGUACACUUGAUAAAAAGCCUGAAGACAGAAGAGAGUUUGUCCUGCUUUUCAUGACAUUUGAUGAAAAUAAAAGCUGGCUCUAUGAAGAGAAUCGGCAGAGGAUUGAAAGGAAAAACAGAAGAGUGGUCAUGGAUCCAAAUUUCCAAGAUAAUUUAAAGUUUGAUGCUAUCAAUGGUAUCAUCUACAGUCUCAAAGGACUUCGAAUGUACACAAAUCAGCUGGCGAAGUGGCAUCUGAUCAACAUGGGCUCUCCUAAAGACCUCCACAGUGUUCACUUCCAUGGACAAACAUUCAUAAAUAAAGAAUUAAAGGACCACCGUCAGGGCGUUUACCCGCUUUUACCAGGUGGAUUUGCCACGCUGGAAAUGCUGCCUUCAAAGCCUGGUCUCUGGCAGCUGGAGUCUGAAGUCGGACUCUCACAGCAGAGGGGAAUGCAAACGCUAUUUCUUGUGUUGGAUAAUGUCUGUGAUCACCCUCUUGGUCUCAUCUCUGGGACUGUGCAAGAUGAGCAAAUAACAGCAUCUGACACUAGAGGACAAUGGUAUCCUCAUUUGGCCAGACUUCAUAAUACAGGGAAAUACAAUGCAUGGAGUACAUCGUCAGAGCCAGGACAGUACUUACAGGUGGACUUCCAGAGGCCGGUGGUGAUUAGUAAAGUCGCCACACAAGGAGCCAAACAAUUUUUGACACACAACUUUGUGUUGAACUACACCAUUUCCUACAGCACUGACAAAAAGAAGUGGAUCUACUACAAGGGAGACAGUGAUGCUGUCAGAAAGACUUUUGAAGGAAAUGCUGAAGCUUAUGAGACGAAGGAAAAUAUAUUUUUCCCACCUCUGAUUGGUCGAUAUGUGAGACUGCAUCCUUUACAUUCUUACAACUUCCCGACUGUCCGUUUGGAGUAUUAUGGUUGUGAGCUUGAUGGCUGCUCUGUGCCAUUAGGAAUGGAAAAAGGUCUUAUUGAUGACAGUAAAAUCACUGCCAGUUCUGUGGCAUCCAACUGGUACUCCGGACAGUGGCAUCCUUGGUAUGCUCGCCUAAAUAAACAAGGAACCGCCAAUGCAUGGCAAGCAAAGAACAAUGACAUUCAGCCUUGGAUCCAGGUGGAACUCAAAGAAGUAAAGAAGAUAACUGGAAUUGUAACACAGGGAGCCAAAUCAAUGGGCAAUGAAAUGUUUGUGAGAUCUUAUAUUUUGGAAUAUAGUGAAGAUGGCAGGCGAUGGAUGAAGUACACAGAUGAUGAUGAUUAUGAGCAAAAGCUAUUUCAAGGCAACACAGAUAACAAUGGCCAAAUAAAGAACUACAUCUACCCGCCGAUAUUUUCCAGAUUCAUCAGAAUAAUACCAAAACAAUGGCAGAAAUCCGUCACCAUGAGAAUUGAGCUGCUGGGUUGUGAUUUCGAAUAAACACUUUGCUGUCUAUGGUGGAUUUUGUUUUUAAUCUAUAUUUUCUUUGCUAGUAAAUAAAUGCUUUCUUUUAAACAA